AUGUCUUCCAACGCAUCUCCAUUGGCGCCAGAUCUCAACUUGAUUCCAGCUGUUCCAGCACCGCCAGGAGUCUCGUUCAACCCUGAUGAUCUCGAUAAUUAUAAACACAGGCAUAUUGUUAUGCACUCGGUUGGUCUUUCCAUUGUAACAAUUGCUGUCUUGAUUCGUCUCUACACGAGAGCAUUUGUCAAAAAGUUUGUGGGUCUUGAUGAUUACCUUUUGAUAUUGUCAUGGAUGGCAUCCAUUACUUUCUCAACAAUCUUGGCGUACUCAACAAGAUAUGGCUUUGGAAUGCACACCUAUGAUAUCCCAGCCUCAAAAUUCUUGAUCACCUUUAAGUGGCUCACAAUCUCUCAAUGGUGCUAUUUCCCGGCAGUACUUUCUGUCAAAGUCUGUAUCCUCUUAACUUAUUUGAGAAUAUUCCAAAUCAAUCGAACCGCAAAAUGGAUGAUCUGUUUUGGGAUAGCUGCAAUGAUAAUCUUUUACAUCGUUGCUUUUUUCUGCACCUUGUUUUAUUGUGUCCCGGUUCAACGGGCUUGGGAUCGCACCGUCCCCGGUCACUGUAUAUCAUACUCUGCUUGGCCGUACGCUACAGGAAUCUUCAACUUCUGUAGCGAUUUCUUCAUCUUGCUCAUUCCUUUGAGACCCAUUUUUACCUUGACUAUGCCCUUUUGGCGCAAGGUCCGGAUCUUGUGUAUCUUUAGCAUGGGUUUGUUUACAUGCGUGGCAAGCAUCAUGCGCUUCGUUGUGACGCUGCAGAGCAUCAACAAUCCGGAUCAAACUUAUGUGGCUGCUAAAGUUCUGUAUUGGGCCAUCAUUGAAAUCAAUCUCGGAAUCAUCUGUACGUGCGCUAUCGUAUUCCCAGCCUUCUUUGAUACAUCCGAGCCGAAUUCCUUUGGUUCCCUCUUCGGCAGUUUGCUAUCCUCCAGAUUAAGCUCGAAGAGCGAGCUGUCACAACCUGAGAUCAAGGUAUAA